AUCUAGGAAUUAAAAUCUUUCACGUGCUUAUCUGCAAACCUUAUCCUGUCUCUUCGGGCUUCGUUUCAUCUCUCCUGGUCGUUUCUCGUUAUCAAAAGGUAGUUUUGUUCGUUGGUUGAGAGAGGAAGUUACUGAUUUCGGUGACAUGGAGAACAGAAAGACGGUCGGUGACUCUUCUUCUUCCUCUUUGGAUCAUCUCUUUGGUCCUAAGGACUCUUCUUCAUCUUCCUCAAGUGGGGUAUUUGGGUCUAUUUUCCCACCACCUUCAAUGGUACAUGGAAGGGACUCGGCUCACUCUGGAAUCAUGGGGUCGCAUUAUCAUGGUGGAAAUGGGAAAUAUGGGAGUCCCGGUAAUACAGCUGAUUAUAAGAAAGGGGAAAGGAGCGGGACUGCAAGGAGUUCUGUUUAUCAGAAUGAAACAACUGAGCCUUGCUAUUUCAGCUCUUCAAUCUACUAUGGAGGCCAAGAGAACUACUCUUCAACGAAGAAGACAACAGAAUCUCCUCAGUUCUUAAAGAAAGAUGGGGGUGAUGAUGAUCCCAAUGGAAGCAAUUCCAAUAGUGCUUCGAGAGGGAAUUGGUGGCAGGGUAUGUCAGUUGUGCAUCUGAAGAUAAAAAUGAGAAAUUCUAUUGUAUCAUGGGAUACUUUAAUAUGGCUCUCUUUACUACUAGCACAUCCAAAUAAUACAAAUUAGCCAUCCAAAUAUAUCAUAUAUAAGGAUUAGUGCCUUCUUAGCAUGGGAAAUAAUGAGUAGAGAAUACAGAUAGCACUUGUGGGAGCAUGUAGGGUUCUUUUUGUACCAACAACUUCAACUAGAGCAAGUCUUACCUAAUAUAUCUUUGGGGGUGUUUGCGGAAAUCGCUCCACCAGACCAGAAAUCUUGUAUCUUGUAUCUUGUACUGAGCUGCAUUUAGGGCUUGUCUUUGAAGUAAAAUAUAGCUUGAUUA